UCGAUCGAACACCCAAAAAUUGGUGAAAAAAUACACCUAAAAGAUGAAUUUAGGAAAAUAACACUCCCAAACGGUGUAGAAGUUAAGUUUGAGGAGAUUAUAGGCCUCGCUGGAGACUUUUAUGGAUUGCCUGAAAACCCAAUUAUUAACCCCUUUAAAAAAGAAGAGGAAGACUUUUUACGAAAACAGCGCUUUCGAGGUGCCUACGACACACUUGCAAGGGCACCAAAGGAUGAAUUACAGAAGGAACUUGACAAGCUGUUGGCUUUCUUUAGGAAAGAAAGAAUCCUGGAUGCAGAAACAGCAGACGAAAUCACUGGUGGUAUCUGGUUCCUCGGCAUUCCAGUCAUACAGGGAAGGAAGUUAGAACUGGCUGAAAAUAAUUACGACCAUUUUCUUCCUUACGCAAAAGACGCAUACCUGACGGGUCAUCAGUUGGCAAUAGAGAAAGCACGAGAAGCCAGUGAAUAUCCACUAGAUCCUGAAUUGAGGAAGAAACUCCUUCGUGAAGCAUUUUCAACGGAAGCAUUUGCGUGCCAUUUUCUUACUGACAGCUUUGCCAGUGGCCACAUUAGGUAAUGAUCCAGUCAGGCCAUGUUCUUAUAUUUUCAUUUUGUUUUAUUUCGAGUCUUUGAUUUCCUGAACUUUUCACUGAGACACUGAAAUGUGGCCUCUUAGCCCUUAGCAAUUACAACGUGAAAGGAUUACAACGUCAGAGGCAGGUUUUAGUUAAAGAAAAGCCAUGGGUACAAGAAUCGAAAAACCCACCACAGUACACAGUUGAGUGUACUAGUUUGUGACGCUCUUUGAAUUUCAUAUACCAUUGUUUGUAUUUUAAGUAACUGAAAAAAAUACUUUUGACAUUGAAAAGUAUACGUACAUUACAUGUGAAUUGUUUUAAAAAGAAAAAUAGCAGUGUAAAUAUAUUCGUUUAUUUUACGAAACUUUGACUCCUUGUAGUUAAAUUCAUUGUAAUAAAUUUUUGAUGUUUUUGUUUAGAAUCUGAUUAACAUCCGUAAAAAUAUCUGCUUGCAGGACGCCAAGAUUUGAGCUGGGAAGGGCGACUAUUCUUGGAAAAAAGGGCCAUUUACUUAGUAAGUACAUGCAUGACGAAGACAACAAAUAUGGUCUGCGUGUGACAAAUCUGAGGGGUGAUAAAUGGAUUGCAUAUGGUGAUGGGAUGUUGCUCGAAGGAAAGAGCAGAGAUAAUCUUAGGAUUGUAGUAAAAGCUGUGCAGAUUUCAGUUGAUCAAGUGUACGAGGCGUACAACAACCCUACCAAAGCUCUUGAUCCUUCUGUGGUGACCGAAUUGAUACCUUUUAUUGACAUCGAGGAGACAAACAACGCCCCACUUUUUCAGGUGAAGGAUGGGAAAGUCCACAGAAGAUCAAACAUAAAUGAUCUUCAGGAUACAAGUACUACUGAAAAUUGGUGGGGGCUAACAACAUUAGUAAAGAUAACUAUGUGUUGUUAUAAACCUAGAAACAGUUAUGUAUAG